UGCUCUAGUUUGACCGGUAGUGUAAUUCAUUGUGGUGAACACGGAUGUUAUUCUCAAAUCCCUCAUAUUAUAGGGACAUUUUUAAUACCCGUGCCUGAAAUUUUUCACUUUUACGAGACAACAGUGUCACUACAGCUUCAGAGAAAUGCCUCAAAGUGCUACGUCCUUAUCUGGAAAGAUGUCAGGCAGCAGCGCUUUUUCUCGUCGCUAUCGCACGCGAGCUCUUACCUCUCACGUGGACGAGACCCUCUUCGGGACCCCCAAACAGCAUUUUGCCGAUAUUAAAGAUGUUUCUGAAGGGGAAAGUGCAAGGUCACGCUCACUGUCACGCUCCGCUCCGGCUAAAUCCGAGACAGUCCGCAUAAUCACCAAAGACCUCAUCAGGGAACUUAGAAUCCCAGGCGAAGACCCGUCGGGGCAGUCUAUCAUUCUGUCCUCCGCUGAGUUCAAGCGAAUCAUAUCCGAGUCAUAUGUUGCCAGUGAAGAGGAGAAAGUGGCCAUACAAGAGGCCCAGCGUAAAGCUCGAGAGGAAGCCAUGGAUGCUGCAGAGCAGAGAAAAGCACAGAUGCGCCAAGCAGACCUGUCCCGACAGAAGAACCAGAACCUAAGCGAGCUGGAGGCAGAGGCGAGGGACCGUGCUCAGUACCUGCUGGAACGGGCCAACACCUUGAGAAUGGAACAGGAGGACGAAGUCAAGAAGCUAAAUGAGUUGAUCCAGCAGGUGCAGUGCCAUGUUGUGCGGGAUGCUCAGAUUCAAGAGAAGCAGCAAAAUGUCUCACAGUGGGUUGAGGAGGAGAGGAGACUGGAUGCUAUGAUGGAGGUGGAACGACUCCGGGCCCUGGAAGCCCAGGAGGAAACUGAAGAGCUACACAAACAGCAAAGGAUUGAGGGUAAGCUGUGCAUCCUGGACCAGAUCCAACAGCGUCUAGAGGAAAAGAUGCUACAGGAAGAGGUGAAGGAGCAAGAGGGCCAGCAGAUGCUAGAGAACAUGGAAAGGGUGCAGAUGGAGGAGCUCAAGGCAAUUGAAAGGAAAAAAGAGGAGCAGAGGAAACUACUGCAUGAGAUUCAGAAGAUAAAUGAGGAGAAUCUGCUUGCUAAGGAGCGAAAGAAGGAAGAGGAGAAAUUGGCAGAUCUGCGCGCUGUAGAGUAUACACAAAAGAAAUUGGAGCAAGCAGCAGAGUAUGAAGCUGAGCAGAUACGAAUAAAGAAGGAGAAAGAGAAAGAGGUGGCACGACUGAGAGCUCUUCAGGAAAGAGACAGAGAUCACAAAGCUGAGCGGGAUGAGAUUCGAGCACGGAGGAACCAGGAAGCAGCUGAGAGGGAAUGGAGAAAAAAAGAGAAAGAGGAGAUGAAAAGAAAGCAGGAGGAGGAAGAAAGGCUGAAGGCUGCACGUUUGGAGCAGGUCACUCAUAAGGAACACCUGCUGUCCAUUGUGGCUGCGCGGGAGAGGGCAGAGUUUGAGAGGGUCCUAAGGGCACAACAGGAGCUUAUUGAGAAAGAGCAAGAAAAAGAGCUGCAGAAAAAUCAGCAGAUUCGUAGACAUGCCGACGCUGUGAGGCAACAGGUUCGUGAGAGAGAGCUUCAGGCCAUCACCCAGAGGAGAGAGCUGUUUCGCGAAGGAGAGCGACUGGAGGAGGAGGCGCGCAGUCGCAGGGCCCGUCUAGAUGAGAUAAAAGAAAAGAAGCUGAGGGAACUGAAGGCAGCUGGGCUCUCAGAGAAGUACUGCAAGGAAGUGGAGCGCAAAGUUCGAGUUCUUCCUGCUUUGUUACACUAAGGAGCAACACAAACUAAGCAAAUGUCACCAAAAUCUAAACAUAAACGAGAAGCAAAAUUGUUCAUUGUGAAAUGAUUAAAGAAAAAGCUGUUGUAGGAAAAUACUUUCUUCUUGUAUGUUAUUCAUAAAGAGUACAUUUUUCCACAGUUUUCUUGAAUAAAUGAAAAAAACU